ACAGUGUGUUGACUGAGAGAGUUGAAUCUAAACUUUAGUGGACACUCCCCAAGUGGGUGGCCUGAAGCCGCUGCCAGCAUAGUUCUCUUGGAGGGGACGACACGGCGGAGGACGAGUUCGCCUUCCCCUGGAAAAAAAAACAAAACAAAAAACCCUUGACAGCAGUUAAGCACACCAAUUUAUGCAACUUAGUAGCUUCGUUUCUAAACCUGUCGUGCCAAGGGGGUGAUGCUGGGGCUGGCUGGAAUGACGGGCAGCAUUGCUAAUGCCCUCGCUGCUGCGGCCUGUGAGCGAUGCAAGAGUGGCUUUGCUGCAACUGAGAAGAUUGUCAAUAGCAAUGGAGAGCUGUACCAUGAGCAGUGCUUUGUGUGUGCCCAGUGUUUCCAGCAGUUUCCAGAGGGGCUCUUCUAUGAGUUCGAAGGAAGAAAAUACUGUGAGCAUGACUUCCAGAUGCUCUUUGCCCCUUGCUGUCACCAGUGUGGGGAGUUUAUCAUUGGCCGUGUCAUUAAGGCCAUGAACAAUAGCUGGCACCCCGACUGCUUCUGCUGUGACAUUUGCCAGGCUGUGCUUGCGGACGUGGGGUUUGUCAAGAACGCUGGCAGGCACCUGUGUCGCCCGUGCCACAACCGUGAGAAAGCUCGUGGCCUUGGAAAGUAUAUCUGCCAGAAGUGCCAUGCCAUCAUUGAAGAGCAGCCGCUGAUCUUUAAGAAUGACCCCUAUCACCCUGACCACUUCAACUGCAACAAUUGCGGGAAGGAGUUAACAGCUGAAGCCAGGGAACUGAAGGGAGAGCUCUACUGUUUGCCCUGCCAUGACAAGAUGGGUGUACCAAUCUGUGGUGCCUGUAGGAGACCCAUAGAGGGGCGUGUCGUUAAUGCCAUGGGCAAGCAGUGGCAUGUGGAGCAUUUUGUGUGUGCCAAGUGUGAGAAGCCUUUCCUCGGUCAUCGGCAUUAUGAGAGGAAGGGGUUGGCUUACUGUGAGACUCAUUAUAACCAGCUCUUUGGCGAUGUGUGCUAUCACUGCAACCGCGUGAUUGAAGGCGAUGUGGUGUCCGCUCUCAACAAGGCCUGGUGUGUCAGUUGUUUCUCGUGCUCCACCUGCAACACAAAACUCACUCUCAAGAACAAGUUUGUUGAGUUUGACAUGAAGCCUGUUUGUAAAAAGUGUUAUGAGAAGUUUCCUCUGGAGCUGAAGAAAAGGCUCAAGAAACUGGCAGAGUCCUUGGGGCGCAAGUGAGCUACCUGGAAGUAUACCUCGCCUGUCUGUGAUGGUAAAAUAUCCAGGAGAACUGCUGCAGCAUACUAGUACAUCAAUAUUAGUCAUUUAAAUCUGGAAUUUGAAAAUAUAAAUAAACAUAUAUCACUGUGGUGUUGUCAUAAAUGUGCCUAUCAGGAAAAGUUUUAUGUUCUUGCAAUUUGUUUUUGUUUUCUUUUUUUUUUAACAUUCCUUAAAUGUCCAAAUUUGUUAUUAUUCCCAAGACAAAACAUGUGGUGUCCCAGUUAUGACUUUACCAUGACCGUAUUGCCAACUGCUGUGCCGAGCUAUUGAAUUUGAAAAGAUUGUUGUUUGGCAUUACUUUUGAUUUACACGUGUGCCUUGAUUAUAUAAACUAUGUGUCUUAAAAUGCAAAUAAUGGUUUAAAUGCAACUUGCAUACAGUUAUGAUACAGUUGGUAAAUCUCAAUUAGACAAAACAUCUAUCUGAAUGCAGAAUUCUACUAGACUUAUGACAUUUUCAGCUCUUAUACCUCAAUAUCAGUACAACCGGUGUGUUCUUUAAGAUAUUGUAAUGACGUCUCUUCUUGCAAACAGGUGACAGUACUUGGGAGUGAGGCUUAUGUACAAACUAAGUUUUGAGAAUUCCACCCUUGUAUAUGUUUGCUAUCCAUUAAUCCAUGACUGUUUUAAAGCAACAGUGAGUUGGUAAAAAAAUAGAAAAUCUGAGUCUUUAAAGUAAGCUUUUGUCAUGAAGACUGUUGGUAUGUACUGUAUGCUUUCAGUGUUUAUGAUAGUGUGACGGUACUGCUUGUAUUGUAAAUGCAUUGGGUUUGUCAGUCUGAUAUGCCAGAUUUGCAGCUCUCUUAGGGUUUCAGACGCAUUCAGAUGAAAUUAACCAUCAGCUGAUUAUUUAACAUGAGAACGCAUUGAUAUUCAAAUCUCUGUGCGUCAGCACAUUGCUUGGGUUGUGAAAAAUGCCACACAACAAAAAAUAAUAACUGCUUGAAUGUGCAUUUUUAUUGUGGAAUACUUUUCCAUCAUGCAUUUUAUUUGCCAGAGUUUACAUUUGAUUGAUUUGCGAGAAAUGGAGAAUUACAGCUUACUGCAGCACAUACACUGUAUUUGAUUUUCUGCUUCAUGAUCAAUAAAGUAUUGUGAAACAUGU